CAAUCCCCGAGGUGGUGCUCGCGCGAGUGGCUGGUGGGGUUUGCGGUGUAGCGCCGGCGAAAGGAGCAGUCCCAUUGUGGAGCUAAGCCAGGGGUGCAGGCAGCCGGCCACAUCUGCAACAUCUGCAGCUCCAGCGUCGCUCUUCCACGGGGCUUGGGAGUAGGACCUGCGGCUAGUGCAUAUGUGCAAGGGCAUCACACCUCUUGCCUCUCUGUGUACAUACUGAGAAGAACAGAAGAACAGCAAGGUGAAGUCAGUGAGAGGAGAGGAUUCCUCUAUGGCUCUGACCUUUAGCUUGUUCCUCACCACCAUACACUUCCUGGUGCUUAGGUUGUAUUUCCUGUUCUGGGCUCCCUUGGUCUGCUGCUCACAGUCCUGCCCUUGAAGAAGUCAUAACCUUGUCACUGUGAUGUGCCAUACUUCUAUCUGAGGAUUAAAGGUGGGCCAAGGCCAGGAAAGGCUGAAAACUACAGCCCAAUGAGAAUAGGGGGAAAUUCUCAAAUAAGGCUUCAAGGUGCUAGAAAUUCCAGGUUUGACCUUGCUGAACGAAGUGGACUCCAAAAUUGCAUUGAUCGGACAGCGUGCAUCUGUUUACAGUUGAUCAGAUGGCUGAGAAAGAGCAAACCAAAGAUGAAGAGACAGAGAUCAGAAUCUCUGGCGACAUGUUCCUUCUCGGACUGCUGUCCCUGUUCGUUUUGCAAAGUGAGGCCUUCAGCACCAGUUUUCCUGAUGAAACCAUUGCCGAAUUUUCGGUGAACAUUUACAACCAGCUGAGAGCAACAGGGGAAGAUGAAAACAUUAUAUUCUCCCCGCUGGGGAUUGCAAUUGCCAUGGGAAUGGUGGAACUCGGAGCCCAUAGUUCCACCUUGAAGGAAAUCCGACACUCCAUGGGAUACGACGGCUUGAAAAAUGGUGAAGAAUUUUCAUUCCUUAAGGACCUUUCUGACAUGGCAGCUGCUGAGGACAGCCAGUAUGUGAUGAAGCUUGCCAAUUCCCUUUAUGUACAGGACGGAUACCACAUCAGUGACAAAUUUCUGCAGCUGAUGAAAAAAUACUUUAAAGCUGAGGUGGAAAAUGUAGAUUUCAGUCAAAACCUAGCUGUAGCCAGCCAAAUCAAUAGAUGGGUGGAGAACCAUACAAACAAUAUGAUCAAAGAUUUUGUGUCAGCGAGGGAUUUCAGUGCUCUGACUCAUUUUGCCCUCCUCAAUGCCAUAUACUUUAAAGGAAACUGGAAAUCUCAGUUCCGUCCAGAAAACACGAGGACAUUCUCUUUCACGAAAGACGACGAAAGCGAAGUGCAAAUCCCAAUGAUGUAUCAGCAGGGAGAAUUUUAUUAUGGGGAGUUCAGUGAUGGCUCCAACGAAGCAGGAGGCAUCUAUCAAGUUCUGGAAAUACCCUAUGAGGGGGAUGAAAUCAGUAUGAUGAUUGUUCUUUCCAGGCAAGAAGUCCCACUAGCCACACUGGAGCCUCUGGUCAAAGCCCAGUUGAUUGAGGAAUGGGCAAGCUCCGUGAAGAAACAAAAGGUGGAGGUCUAUCUCCCAAGGUUCACAAUAGAACAGGAAAUUGAUAUGAAGGAUGUUUUGAAGGGCCUUGGAAUCACAGAAGUAUUCAGUCCAAGUGCUGAUCUCACUGGAAUGUCUGACAACAAAGAACUUUACCUUUCAAAAGCAGUCCACAAGGCUUUCCUAGAAGUUAAUGAAGAAGGCUCGGAAGCGGCUGCUGCUUCAGGAAUGAUAGCCAUUAGUCGGAUGGCAGUUCUGUACCCCCAGGUUAUAGUGGAUCAUCCGUUUUUCUUCGUGGUCAGAAACAGAAGAACAGGCACCAUCAUCUUCAUAGGACGAGUGAUGCACCCAGAAGCGAUGAAUUCAAGUGCCCACGACUUCGAAGAACUUUAAUGACCCCACAAGUUCACACGGAGAUACAAACACAAAGAAAAUAAGCACACUGAGUUUGCAAUCAAUGUAUUUAAGGGUUGCUGUGGGUUUUUUUUGCAUUGUUACCUUCGAGGCACCAUUUAAAAGAAGAAGAAGAAAACGUUCAGUUUAACUUCAACUAGAAAUUGCAGGCCAUGGUUGUGGACGAAAUGCUUUCAGUAUUCAAGUAACUGUUGUUGUCCUUGUGAAUUGUUGUGUUCCUUUAAAUAAAAGCUCUCUCUCUGUCA